AUGCACGACCCACCUGCUCACUCCCAUCCUCAUGCUAUCCUCACACAUCCUCCACACCAAACAGCACCAGCACAUCAACCUCAUAUCAAUGGCAAUGCAGCGGCCUUGCCUACUACGCCAGCUCUCUCAAAUGGUUCUACCCAUGCACACACAGCAUCAAAUCAGAUCGUAUCGCCUGUCGUAAUCCCAAACGCUCCCGCCUCAAACGGCGUUGCGCCCCCUUCAUCAAGCGUCAUUCACAAGUUGGCAGUGGCCAACGAACAAACGUGGCUUUUGAUCGGGCGUGUCGCGGAGCAGAUGGGCGACCUGGAACAUGCGAUCACAGCAUAUGAAAACGCUCUACGGCAUAACCCGAUGUCCCUGUCAGGACUUACACAAGUUGCGGGAAUCGCGCGGAUCAAGGAAAAUUAUCCAAAGGCUGUUGAGUAUUUCCAACGUGUUCUUCAAUUACAAGAAGACAACGGCGAAGUAUGGAGCGCACUCGGCCAUUGUUAUCUCAUGCAGGAUGAUCUGCAGAAGGCUUACUCCGCUUAUCAGCAAGCCUUGUACCUGCUCCCUAACCCAAAGGAUCCAAAAUUAUGGUACGGUAUUGGUAUACUUUAUGACCGGUAUGGCUCCUUGGACCACGCCGAAGAGGCGUUCGCUUCUGUCCUGAAGAUGGACAAAGAAUUAGAUUUUGACAAGGCAAAUGAGAUUCUCUUCCGUCUCGGCAUAAUCUACAAGCAGCAGGGCAAAUAUGAUGAAUCGCUUAACUGCUUUGAUCGCAUCCUGCGCAAUCCUCCAAGUCCUCUCGCCCAUGCGGACAUCUGGUUCCAGAUUGGCCAUGUCUACGAGCAACAGAAAGACCAUGUCCGCGCUAAGGACGCAUAUGAACGUGUUGUUGCUGACAACCCUGGGCAUGCAAAAGUUCUACAGCAAUUGGGGUGGUUGUAUCACCAAGAUGGAUCUUCUUUCCAGAACCAAGAGCUUGCCAUUCAGUACCUGACCAAGAGCCUGGAAGCUGACCCUUCAGACGCUCAAAGCUGGUACCUCCUCGGCCGUGCGUACAUGGCUGGCCAGAAGUACAAUAAGGCAUACGAGGCCUACCAGCAGGCGGUCUACCGCGACGGCCGUAAUCCCACCUUUUGGUGUUCGAUUGGUGUCCUUUACUUCCAGAUCAACCAAUUUCGUGACGCUCUUGAUGCAUACUCGCGUGCCAUCCGCAUCAACCCUUAUAUCUCUGAGGUCUGGUUCGAUUUGGGCAGCCUUUACGAGAGCUGCAACAACCAAAUCUCAGACGCUAUCGAUGCUUAUGCUCGUGCCAGCGAACUUGAUCCUGGAAAUCAUGUCAUUUCUCAGCGUCUCCAGCUCCUCAAGAAUGCUCAAGCGACUGGUGGUCAGCUGCCUGCUGCGCCAGGUCCCCAGGACGUGCACCCAACCGCUUAUGCCAGCGCCGUAGUUCCUCCUCCGGGACUCACCGGUCCUCCUCUCUUGCUGCAAUCGACGUCAACUCGACCCCCAAUCUUCCGGCCUCAGUCAAGCGGCCCGCCUAGCGGUGAUAAUCUUCAUUUGCCUCCUCCUGCACCAGCUCCUGCCUCUAGAUCAUCACCUGGUCCAUUCCGAGGUGGUCCUCCGCCGCCUGUAGUGCUGGACGAGAGUCGCCACAUGCCUUCACAUACACCUCUCGCACCUAUGGACGUUGAUCGUCCACCUCAUCCUCGUGACUACUCUGGUUCAUCGCGUGAGGGUACAAGUCGCGGGCCAACUGGCCACCAAACCCUCCUCCUUCAUCAUCCUGUUCCUCAGCAGCAAGUACAAACGGAAGAGCUUCGUAAUUCCGCCGUCCAUGGCCCUAGGCCAAUACAGUGA